AAAUCCUUAAUGCUGGAAACUUACCAGAACUGUGGCCUACACAAACCAUACUGUUUUGCCUGAGGCACUGGAGAAAUGGAGUUAUGAAUUGAUGCAGAAACUGCUUCCCAGACAUGUCGAAAUCAUUGAGGCGAUUGACGAGGAGCUGGUACAUGAAAUUGUAUUAAAAUAUGGUUCAAUGGAUCUGAACAAAUUGGAGGAAAAGUUGACUACAAUGAGAAUCUUAGAAAAUUUUGAUCUUCCCAGUUCUGUUGCUGAAUUAUUUAUUAAGCCUGAAAUCUCAGUUGAUGAUGAUACUGAAACAGUAGAAGUCCAUGACAAAGUUGAAGCUUCCGAUAAAGUUGUGACUAAUGAUGAAGAUGACACUGGUAAGAAAACUAGUGUGAAGAUAGAAGAAGCUGCAGAAAAAGACAUUGACAAGAAAACUCCCGUGAGUCUGGAACCAGCUGUUAUACCACCUAAGAAGGUACGCAUGGCCAACCUGUGUGUUGUGGGCGGCCAUGCUGUUAAUGGAGUUGCUGAGAUCCAUAGUGAAAUUGUGAAGGAGGAGGUUUUCAAUGACUUCUAUGAG